UUUUUGAGCCCCGAAAAAAAAUUGUCUCACAUCGACCCGGAAAAAAAUUUGCUUAUAGAAUGUGACCUGUAGAAUUGUAGCCUUUUGUCGUUACUUAGGUAAUUUAGUUACCUUCCUAGUGCCAGAGAGGUGCAUUGGUACGACUCUUAGAAGCCUCCCAUGACCCAUAUAACGGGAGCCCUUAUUGGACUUGACCUUUUUCGAAUUUUUGUCAGAGUUGUGCGUUUUGCAGGUCAUACGUAUACAGGGUAGUUAUCCCAAAAGUUUAUUUCCAUAGUUUUAAAAGUCUAUGGUUUCCGAAUGAAUUUGGCGAUCCAUAAUUUCAUGUCACCGACUUCCGAUUGCACAGUGGCUUUGAAAAAGUUACUGGCGAUAAUACUUAAUUCUUAAAGGCGUUGAGCAAAACAGCUCAGUCAGGAUGACGCAGUUUUUUUAUUGACCGUGGAUUUGAUUUAUGGCCCUAGCGCGCGCCUCAUUGGUUAGGCUUGACGAAUCCGAUGCGUUAACCUAUUGGGUGGUCUUGUCGACUGAUGAAAAGGGUAGGGACAAAUCUAGAGAAGGGAGAAUGAAGGUAUUCGUUUUUGGGUCACGAGAGCCACAAUUUCGUGGUUCAAAAUACAGUAAGUAGCAAAUUUUGAGUGGGUGAAAAAGUUCGCGGAGAAGGACCUCAGGGAUUGCGGCAAGUCAUCGUGCGCAACAGUUACUAAUCAGAAAUUUUGUGCGAAAAUGUGCAUAUUUUGGGUGGGUGAACAAAUGAAUCAAAUCGCCCAGAUUGGCCUAAGGGAUUACGCGUGGAAAUUAAAUGGGCAAAUAUCAGUGAUUCACGUCCAUUCGAAUGCGCGAAUUAAAUAUUGUAAAUUAAUAAACAAUUCAUUAGAGACAAUAAAUUGGGCACGAGCGCGCGAGUAAGUUCGUAACAAUUUCAGUUGAAAGAUAGCGAUUAGUCUGUAGCUGAUAUAUGUAAAUCGCAAUGAAAAAACCGUUAUCACCGUUCAUUGCGAUAAUUAACCUAAUUUAGUAUUCAGCCAUGAGCAAGGCAGAACUUUAUGUGGAACUCAGUAAAAUAAAUGAAAGAGACGCCGAGCGUGUUUUAAAAAAAUGUGCAGAGAUUGUCGAGUGGAGGGAGGACUGCGCGGUUUUGGACAUCGGGUGCGGACCGGGAAACGUAACCCACGAUGUGAUCGUGCCAGCCCUUCCCAAAGCGGCGCUUAUCGUGGGGAUUGACAAACAGGGCGCAGUGGUCGAUUACGCAAACGCAAAGUACGCCACCAACGAACCCAGGAUAAAGUUCGAGGCAGUGGACGUCGUCUCCGAUGGCGGCUUCGUUGCGAAUCAUCGGGAAGACUUUCACCACAUCUUCUCGUUUUACUGCCUUCAAUUCGUGAGGGAAUUAGAGCUUGCUCUAAGGAACAUCUACACCAUGUUGAAGCCGGGUGGAAGUUUCGCCUUCACGUGCGCGGUGCGCACCGACUUCUUCUCGAUAAUAUCGCACAUGGCCAAAAUGGAAAAGUGGACCCCGCACAUUUCCCAAUACGAAAACUAUUUAUACCCCUACGAGUCGACCCCACACCCUGACGAAGAAAUCCGAUCGCUACUGCUGAAAGUGGGCUUUCAGGUGAUGGAUCUCACCAUGAAUCCGCAACGCUGGAAGAUGCCAUUCGCCGAUGCUUCAGAAUUUAUCGUUUGUCGAAUCCCAUUCGAACUUCCCGGCGAGAUCCAGCGUGAAUUCGUUUUGGAGUCGGCAGAUGCAAUUCGAAGCUUGAAAAUGAACGACGUUGAUGGGAAUGGAACGGAAUUCUUCAACUAUAAACUUACUGCAUUGGAGUGUCUAGCAGUGAAACCGCCCUUACUUUAAGGGUUUUGGGCUUAAGUACACAAAUAAACAUCAUUCUGAGUGCCAAACGAUUUCUCUUAUAUCAUUGCUCCAAGCGUUCAAUUCUUUUUUCAACCCCUGCGAUUGGGAUGGGGGUUAUUAGCGAAAAAUACUCUAAACAGAAUCACGCGCUCAUAUUCGUAUGUAUCCCUAUCUUUCUUCUCUAGGGGAUAUUCACCCCCCCCUCCCCCCGUUCUACAUCCUUCCCCAAAACCCCCCGGCACACGAUGAUCUUAUGACAGUUGCAGGAAGACGAACAUUCAAUCUACCUUCUCGGGUGGAGGAGGGGGUUAUUAUUAGUUCUCACUCUCAUUCUCUUUGUCUCCUCAUUCCCUUAUUUGCAGAACCCAUGCUGUCAAGAGAUGGCGCUGAAGCUCGACUUUCUAACCUGCGCCACAUUUCAACGAUCAGAGGCGGACUGGGUACUUACGGGCCAGGUGGAAUUGCAUAGGUUACGGGCCAUUAAAGUAUUAGUGUA